AUGUCAUCCGCGGUUACAACGACGGUCAACGUCAUUUCCAUGUUCCUUUACGCUAUGGAAAGACCAACAGGUUCAGUUAUAGACGCCAACCCAACAGCAACAACAAUCGGGCUGGAAUGUCCAAGCCAUCCGAAAAUGGAUUGUGACCAAGCCUACACGAAUACCUUCGUGGUUGGGCCAUGGGCCAGUACAGUCGUUCCAGAAGGAUUGCCAUCCACAGGAACGUUCCAGUGGCUGUUUGAAGUCGAAAGGGAGGCGAUAUCUUAUGAGUGUCUCAUGAGCUCCGGCAUACGUCAGACUUGUACUGGCCUUCAGAUUCCGCUGGGAUACACGACGUGGGAAAAAGAUCAUCAUUGGACGCGCCAUAGUUGGACUGUGACAGAUACGGAGGAUAUGGUGGAUCUCACUCAGAUACCGGUCGUCAUCACCUCUGGUCAAGAGCAUCUGGGGAGUGAUUUUCUUGCUACAGCUACAGAAACAUCCAGCAAGCCCUCAUCCGGAACAAUUUCACCAGUCACCCAGAUCCUUUUCAUUCGCAAGGCAGAUGAAUAUGACAUGGCAACUCUAACCGGCUCGGUUAUAAGCGCUAACCCUACGGCAACAACAAUCGAUCUCGGGUGCCCCGUCAAGUCCGAUUGCCCAUAUAAAUAUAGUAACACCUUUGUCGUCGGACCAUGGGCUAGUACUGUUGUUCCAGAAGGCUCAGCAUCGACAGGCACGUUUUAUUGGUACCUUUCCAAUAGUGAUACGGGAGACGUCAUCUCUGUCAAGUGUCUCAUGAGUAGUGGCAUGCCUCAGACUUGCACGUCUUCAUUUGUACCGCUGGAAACUAUGCCUUCGGAUAUUCAAGAAGGCUUUGAGUAUACAGCCACUGCUACUGCGACAAAUAUGGGUGCAGGGUUCUCGCUGGAAACGCAUUUUACGCGUGUGCCAAUCGUCAUCACUGCUGGUCAGGAGCUACUUGGGUUGGGUACAGAGGCUACAGCAACUUCAACUGAUACAGCGUCACCGGAGGAAACGAAUGGGGCUGGAUCGAGUGCUGCCUGUGUUCUGGGAGUUGUGGCAAUAGCUGUGAUUGCUUCUCUUAUUAUAAACUAG